AAACUUUUUCUGUUUUAGAUGUUUUGCUUAGUAUGCAGACACUAUAUUUACAUUGUGAAUGCAUUGGAAUUGCAAACAUACACCCGUAGUAUCCACAAAUGUCUGGAAAAAGUACCGACCUGUUUCAUAACCAUCAACUAAUGCACGGCGGACAUAAUUACGUUGGACCAUCAUCAUGUAACACUUCUUUAACAAACGACACUACAGAACACAAGUAUAAACAACAUUGUACUGGCCAAUCUAACAGUAAUUGCAACAAGGAAACGCACACUUUUAUCGCAAAGCAUACACAAGACCAAGCACACUCUCAACAGGUUUCAUGCUCAAAGGCUAAUGCAGAUUCUGAUAGUUCUGCCAAUACAACACAAUCAAAUGAAAAGAAAAACUUAAAAAGGAAAUUUUGCUACAGCAAGUACAUACGGCGUGAACCUGAAGUCACAUAUACAGGUAUUCGUCUUGAAAAGAUGGAAAUAAUGGAAGUACAAAUGAAACGGAGAUUGCUUGACUUGAAAAAGCGAUAUCAUCAGAAACAGCUUGAGCUGUCACGUUUACAAAAUAAAAGAAAACGAUCGAAAUUAAGAAAUAAAAACAAAUCAAAACCAACAAAGUUAAAAGAGAAAGAGGUUACUAUGAACGAAAGAGAUAAAACCCCUGAACCUUCAACCAGUGUAAUUAAGCAUGAAGAAACAACACCCCCUGUUACAACCCCUGUUAUCCAGGAAGGACGCCCUAAAGUUUCAAACCAGUUUUCCCCGGUUGUACCAGCUGUAACCAGUUCAAACCAGUCACAACCAGUUGUAUGCCACACUGAAGUUGAAAGUAGUGUUGAUGACUCACAAGCUCUUGGGAGUAAAAAGCGAAAACCGACCAAACCAAAGAAAAUGAAUAUUGACAAGAAAUCUAUAACUGCAAGCUCUCCCAAGACCCCCAAUGUUCCACAGUUAAGGUUGAGUGUUGAAGAUUUGGUCGAUGGCUUUCGAAUCCUCAUGCCACAGGAUGAUAGUCUUCUUCAAGCUGGUUCUAUCAAACUUAUUAGCCCUCCUGACCUAUAUGGAGUUUUACUUGAUGGCGAUCGCAGAAACCGCCCCAUAGUUUUAUGUCAAGAGGAAAUCCUUCAAAAAUGCAUCGUCAAUAAGUCAGUUCACGAUGAGCAUGAGGUACCACCUGGCACACGGGUAGCAGCUUAUUGGACGGUGAAAAUGCACUCACUGUAUGCUGGUUCUGUCACCUCAGGCAAGCAUGAACGCGGAGAAGUUUAUAUUGAUUUUGAUGACGGCGACCUAAGUAAGAUUCCAAUCGAACAAAUUCGUUUGUUACCACCUGACUACACAAUGCCAGAAUCUAAUGGUCAAGAAGAACCAGCGACUUCCACUGUAGCUCUUAAACCAAGCACACACAGGACAAGAAACAGAUCCAACUCUCAUACCUCAAGCAGUAAUUCUCGUUCGAAUGGUGCAUCACAUACCCCAAGCAAUUUUGUUGAGUCCUCGUAUUGGAGAUGGCUUGGGCCAUGCUUAAACCUCGAACAGAAACUUGCAACGAAAAAAGUUUUUUAUCAAGCUAUUGUUCGCGACAAUGAUGUGAUAUCGUGUGGUGAUUGUGCAAUCUUUUUAUCUCACGGUCGACCAAACUUACCCUACAUUGGUUUAAUUGAAUCCAUGUGGGAAUCGUGGGCAAGCACCAUGGUAGUACGUGUACGCUGGUUUUAUCAUCCAGAAGAAAUGCAUAAGGGGAGGAAAAAACAUUUAGGAAAAAAUGCUUUGUUCAAAUCCACGCACAUCGACGAAAACGAUGUUCAAACCAUUUCCCAUAUCUGUCAAGUUCUUACGUAUGAAGAAUUCCGACAGCGAAAAUCUCCCUGUGGCAAGCAUGUCUACUACUGCGCUGGGAUAUAUGACCCUUCUACUUGCCAAAUCAUAAAACAGUUUAAUGACACGCAUCCUACCUGACAACUGGACUUUUUCACAGUUGUUCAUUUUAAUUUUCUAUUUUAAAUCAUCUUUUUAUUCUUUAUAUAUUACGUGCUCCGCAAAUCAGUGGUUCUCUUUUUCUGUCAUUUUCCAUAUUUUAUGAAAUUUCGUUUCGCAAAUCACCAGUUAUUUGGGUAAGUUUGAAAAGCUGCAAUAGUUUCUGUUACAGAUUUGUGACUGCUACACUUGAUAAAAAUAUGAACUUAUGUCUAUGCAAGUUGCUUGAAGUGUGUACUGCCUGCAUGCGCUUAUAGUGGAGAGCUGGAAAGGGAAAUGUUGUUUAACUGUACUUUCCAUGGCUGUUCAGUAUUAUGCUGGUUUCUGCCCAGCUGUUUUAUUGUUUUUUUUUUAUUCCAAUACACUUUUAAUUGGUACAAAUACAUGACUUCAACUUCG